GGGGUAGGCUGCGCGAGAGACAGAGAGGGGGCAGCGGGCUAUGGCGGCGGCGGUGGCGGGUGGGCUAGGCUGGUUGCUCGCCGCGCUCUGUCUGGGCAACGCCGCGGGGGAGGCAGCCCCUUGCCCGCGAGUGCUGGGCUUCUGCCUAGAGGAGGACGGAGAGGCGGGCGCGGGGUGGGCGCGCGGAGGGGCGGCUCCGGCCGCGCCGGAGGCCACCUUCCGUCUGCGCCUCUUCGGCCCGGGCUUUGCUAAUAGCUCCUGGUCUUGGGUGGCCCCUGAGGGGGCGGGUUGCCCCGAGGGCGGACUAGCUGAGGUGCCUGAAGAGGCGGUGGCCCCCAUGGGCGAGUGGCGCGCACUGCUGCGCCUGCGCGGUGAGGCCGUGUGUCCGCAUUCAGCGCUGCUGGCGGUGCGCGUGGAGCCGGGCGGCGGGGCGGCUGAGGAGGCGGCGCCACCCUGGGUGCUGGGCCUGGGAGUGGCCGGGCUGUUAGCGCUGGCGGCAGUGGCGCGGGGCCUGCAGCUGAGCGCGCUGGCGCUGGCGCCGGCCGAGGUACAGGUGCUACGCGAGAGCGGCUCGGAAGCCGAGCGUGCGGCGGCGCGGCGCCUGGAGCCAGCUCGGCGCUGGGCGGGCUGCGCCCUGGGCGCGCUACUACUGUUGGCUAGCCUGGCGCAGGCGGCGCUGGCGGUGCUGCUGUACCGCGCGGCCGGCCAGCGCGCCGUGCCUGCUGUGCUGGGCAGCGCGGGGCUCGUAUUCCUGGUGGGCGAGGUGAUGCCGGCCGCAGUGAGCGGUCGCUGGGCUCUGGAGCUGGCGCCGCGCGCGCUCAGCCUCAGCCGCCUGGCUGUGCUGCUCACCUUGCCGGUGGCUCUGCCGGUGGGGCAGCUGCUGGAGCUAGCGGCGCGGCCCGGGCGGCUGCGUGAGCGGGUGCUGGAGCUGGCGCGUGGCGGUGGCGACCCCUACAACGACCUCAGCAAGGGUGUGCUACGCUGCCGGACUGUGGAGGACGUACUCACGCCGCUCGAUGACUGCUUCAUGCUGGACGCCAGCGCGGUGCUGGACUUCGGCGUCCUGGCCAGCAUCAUGCAGAGCGGCUACACGCGCAUCCCGGUAUACGAGGAGGAGCGCUCCAACAUUGUGGACAUGCUCUACCUCAAGGACUUAGCCUUCGUGGACCCCGAAGACUGCACACCGCUCAGCACCAUCACCCGCUUCUACAAUCAUCCACUCCACUUUGUCUUCAAUGACACCAAGCUGGACGCCGUCUUGGAAGAGUUCAAAAGAGGGAAGUCCCACCUGGCCAUCGUGCAGAAGGUGAACAAUGAGGGCGAGGGCGACCCCUUCUACGAGGUCCUGGGCCUGGUCACCCUGGAGGAUGUCAUCGAGGAGAUCAUCAAGUCUGAAAUCCUGGAUGAGUCUGAAGACUACCGAGACUGCGUGGUAAAGAAGAAACCUGCUUCUCUGAUUGCCCCUCUCAAGAGGAAGGAGGAAUUCUCCUUGUUCAAGGUGUCUGAUGAUGAAUGUAAAGUAAAAAUCUCACCUCAGCUGCUCUUGGCCACCCAGCGCUUCCUUUCCCGAGAAGUGGAUGUAUUCAGCCCCCUGCGAAUUUCUGAGAAGGUCCUACUGCACCUGCUAAAGCAUCCCAGUGUCAACCAGGAGGUGAAGUUUGACCAGAGCAACCGCCUGGCUGCACACCAUUACCUGUACCAGCGCAGUCAGCCAGUGGAUUACUUCAUUCUCAUCUUGCAGGGCAGGGUUGAGGUGGAGAUCGGGAAGGAGGGCCUGAAGUUUGAGAAUGGGGCCUUCACCUACUAUGGAGUGUCUGCCCUGACAGUGCCAUCUUCUGUUCAUCAGUCCCCAGUGUCCUCAUUCCAGCCCAUCCGCCAUGACCUGCUGCCCGAGCCAGCUGAUGGCACCCGCUCUUCUGCGUAUUGUCCCGACUACACCGUGAGAGCCCUCUCCGACCUGCAGCUCAUUAAGGUUACACGGCUGCAGUAUCUCAACGCACUCCUGGCUACACGAGCCCAGAACCUGCCACAGUCUCCUGAGAACACCGACCUUCAGGUCAUCCCAGGCAGCCAGACCAAGCUCCUUGGUGAGAAGGCCACUGCUGCAGCAGGGUCUCACUCUGUUGCCCAAGCUGGAGUGCAGUGCUAUCAUCACAGCUCACUGCAGCCUCGAACUCCUGGGCUCAAGCAAUCCUCCUGCUUCAGCCUCUCAAGUAGCUGGGACUACAGCCUUCCCAGUAGACCUUUCCCUCUUUGGCACAUUUGGAAACUGCAGUUGAUAAAUGACUGUGGACUAGUGAGCAUUUUUUGUUUUAAGAGAACACCCAAGGGUCCAACCACAGCAGGCCUGGUGUCCCAGUGGAGGAUAGCCCUGGGCGGAACCCAGGAGUUUAACUGUUUGCCAGGCAGCCCCAGAUGCGGGGAGCAGACAAGCACAUGGGGAGCUGGAGGAAGCCAAGCAGAAGCUUCGUGCCAGCCCAUCCCCACUCUCCAGGCCACGUUUUAGAUGGCUUUGUAGAUGUGGGUCCUGGGCAUCUUCAGAACCAGGCGCCAAUGCCGAGCACCUUCAGCAGGCCCUGCCCUCCUUUAGGAGGUGGGGGGUCAGGAGGGCACAGCCCUCUAGGCCUGUUUCUGGAAGGAAUGAAAGGAAUACCAUCAUCUCUAGGGCCCAGGGCCCAGGGCCCAGCCUUUUCCCUUCUCCCCACAGGCUGUGACAGUGCAGUGUAUUUAUACCUCUUCAGGCCAAGCCACCACGUGAGUGCACAAACUGCCUUUAGGUGGCCAUGACCUGUACUGUGCUUUUUGCCAAUCUGCUGCUGCUGGCAGCACUUCCUGAGCAAACAGAAGACACCAGUUUUGGCUAGGGGUUCAAAUUCACGGCCUCAUCCAUGGUGUGGAAACCAUUUUUCUGACAAUGCCAUUUUUAAGAGCACAAACUCUAGCUUUCCCAUGUGCCAAACCAGAAGCACCAGUCCGUCCCUCUGGUCCUGCACCCUCCUGUGGAGGUUGUUGUUCUGACCUCUUCUAGGGCCCUGAGUGAGCAAGCUGGCCCUCGUGGCACUGAUGGGGCCUGCUUCUCUGCCUGCUGUGCUGAGUUGCCACUAGCAGUGUUGUUAGUUUCUGUGUUCUUAGAGGUCAUGCCUGGGAGGAGGCGGUCUUCUUACUGCAUCUAAUCCAGCGGUUCUCAACCUGUGGGUCGUGACCCACAGGAACUGUAUUAAAGGGUUGCAGUAUUAGGAAGGUUGAGAACCACUGAAUUCUAAUCCUUUCUUCCUUGUGUGAUCCCAGAGGAGCAUAGUGCCUGUUAGAUCUGCUUCAUGCCCUUCCUUCCCAUAGGCCUCUAUGGAGGUGUUACAUGGCUGUGACGUGCAGGGCUGCAGGGAGGGAGGGACUGUUUAUGAACCAGGUGGACCCUCAUUACCUUUCUUUAAAAAAAAAAAAAAAAAGUUUGUCUUAUAUCUCUAAAACAUUUCAAGUUCUUUGCUUUAUUCUGUUCCUAGCUACGGGGUUUUAGAGAAGUGGAAACAAGAAGGCAUUUGUCUUUUUCUUCCAGUUUACCUUCCCCAGUUCUUUAGCUGUGUGAAACUGGGGUACCACAGGGACAUAGGAUUAUAGAUUGGGGGGGAUUUCUGGAACUUUCUUCAAAGGCAUUUAGAACCUUAUAAAUGGGACUGAAGGCCACAGAAAUAGUGGUAUGCUUGUUUAGAAAUUGUUCUCAAGGAGUGCACUCUUAACAGCAAAUCUAGGUGGGAAACAAACACUUUGAAAUCUCUCCAGAACAGGGAUUCUUAAUCUUGGAAUUACCUGGCAAAUUAAAAAAUACUUACACCUGGGCCCAGCCCCAGGGCAUUUGACUUAAUCAGUCUGGGCAUCAGGGUUUUAUUUUCAAAAUGUUUUUAGAUUCACAGAAGGGUUUCAUACACCUUUCACCCAGCAUCAACUUACAUUAACAUCUUACAUAACCUUAGUAUAUUUAUUCAAAACUAAAAAAUAAACAUUGGUGCAAUAACUACAGACUAUUUGGAUUUUUACCAUUUUUCCAGUAAUGUCCUUUUGCAGGAUCCAAUCCAGGAUAUCAAGUUUCACCUACAGUUGUUGCUUUUUCCCCUAACUUUAUAUUUUAAGAUAAUUACAGAGUCAUAGGAAGUUGCAAAGAUAGGGGCCCCACGCACCCUUCAUUCAGUUUCCCUUAACGGUUAUAUCUUACAUAAUUAGAAUACAGUAUCAGAACCAAGACUUUAACCUCUGUGCAGUGUGGGCGUCUAGUUCUGUAUCAUUCUGUCACGUACACAUUUAUGUAACUGCUGCCACAGUGGAAACAGAAUUGUCCCAUCACUGGCAUCUCCUUUGGACUAUCCCUGUAGAGCCACAUCUCCCCCUUCCCUACUCUCCCUUACCCUUGGAAAUCACUGAUUAUUCAUCUCUAUUAUUCUGACAUUUUAAAAAUGUAUACAUGGAAUCAUACAGCGUGUAACUGUUUGGGAUUGGCUUUUUUUUAGUCAGCAUAAUUCUCUGGAGAUUCACCCAUGUGGUUGCCUGUGUCGUAGAUGAUUUUCUUUUUACUGCUGAGUGAUAUUCCAGGGUAUACUCAUUGUCCUGUUUAAGGAUGUCUGGAUUAUUUCCAGUUCGGGGCUAUUCCAAAUAAAGCUGCUGUGAACAUUCUUGUACAGGUUACUGUGUAAAGAUUAGUUUUAUUUUCUCUGGGAUAAAUGCCAAGGAGUGCAAUUACUAGGUAAUACAGUUGUAGCUUGUUUAGUUUUUUUUAAAGAAACUGCCAAACUUCUUCAGAGUGGCUGUACGGUUUUUGUUUUCAGCAGCAUUGUAGGAUGCUUCUGAGUGCUCACCAGGAUUUGGUGGUGUCGCUUUUAUUUUUUUUUUUUGAGACUGAGUUUCACUUUGUUGCCCUUGGUAGAGUGCCAGGGCAUCACAACUCACAGCAACUUCCAACUCUUAGGCUUAAGCAAUUCUCUUGCCUCAGCCUUCCAAAUAGCUGGGACUACAGGUGCCCACCAUAACACCCAGCUAUUUUUGUUGCAGUUGUUAUUGUUUAGCUGGUCAGGGCUGGGUUCAAACCUGUCAGCCUCGGUGCAUGUGGCAGGUGCCGUAACCACUGUGCUAUGGGCACUGAGCCAGUGUUGCUAUUUUUUAGUUCUGAUACCUGUGCAGUGAGACCUUGUGGUUUUCAUUUGCCUUUCCCUAGUGGCUAAUAGUGUUCAUCUUUUCAUUGCUUUCACUUGGGUGGAAUAUCUGUCUAUGUCUUCCACCAAUUUUCUAAUUGGAUUGUUUGUUUUUUACUGAUUAGUUUUUCCUCAGAAUUCUUUAUUUGAGCGUCCUUUGUUUAAUUUUUGGUUUGCAAAUAUUUCUUCCCAGUCUGUAGCUCAUAUUUUCAUCCUCUUGACAGGGCCUUAUACAGAGCAAAAGUUUUUAAUUUUGAUGAUAUCCAUUUUGCUAAUUUUUUUUUUUGAGACAGUCCUACUAUGUCACCGUGGGUAGAGUGCUGUGGCAUCAUAGCUCACAGCAACCUCAAACUUGGAGUUAAGCAAUUGCCUUGCCUCAGCCUCCCAAGUAGCUGGGACUACAGAUGUCUGCCACAGUGCCUGGCUAUUUUUUUGUUACAGUUGUCAUUGUUUAGCUGGCCCGGGCUGGGUUCGAACCUGGUAGCCGUAACCAUUAUGUUACGGGCACUGAGCCUUUGCCAAUUUGGUUUUUUUUUUUUUUUGUAGUAUCACUUUGUUACCCUCAAUAGAUGCCCUGGGGUCAUGGCUCACAGGAACUCAGCCUCAGCCUCCCAAGUAGUUGGGACUACAGACGCCCAACACAAUGCCUGGCUAUUUUUUUUUUUUUUUUUUUUUGUGGUUUUUGGCCGGGGCUGGGCCUGAACCUGCCACCUCCGGCAUAUGGGACCGGUGCCCUACUCCUUGAGCCACAGGCGCCACCCUGCCUGGCUAUUUUUUUAGAGACAGGGUCAGGGUCUCACUGUUGCUCAGGCUGGUCUUAAACUCCUGAGCUCAAGCGGUAGCGUACUAGGAUUACAGAUGUGAGACAUUGUGCGCGGCCCUAAUAGGUUGUGUUUUUGAUGUCACAUCUAAGAACCUAGUCUUAGAUCCCAAAGGUGUUUUUUCCCUACAAAUUUUAUAGCUUUACAUUUAAGUUCAUAAUCUGUUUUGAGUUAAUUUUUAAGACUUAGUUAACCAGUGUGAUGAAAGUGUGUCAAACGGUCUAUAAAACCAGUGUAUGGUGCCCCAUGAUUGCAUUAAUGUACACAGCUAUGAUUUAAUAAUUUUUUUUGCCUACAGUGGUCCCAUUGCUCUGGCACCAUUUGUUGAAAAGGCUUUCUUUUUUCCAUUGAAUAGCUUUUGCACCAUUGUCAAAAGUCAGCUGGGUGUAUUGGUGUGGCUCUAUGGAUUGUCACACAGGUCUCUGUUCCACUGACCUGUGUGUCUGUCCCUCUGCUGAUACUGCACUCUCCGUUACUGUAGCUAUACAGUAAGUUUUGAAAUCAGGUAAAAUGAUUUCCUUUCAGUUUAUUUUUAAAAUUUGUUUU